GCAUGCCGUCGACGGUGCAGCCCUCCCUGGUGGAGUACGUCCAGCCCGUGAAGGUGUCGCCGCCGGCCGCGGACGAGCGGGACGUCCUCAGCGGCGGCGCCCCGACCACAGGAUCGCCCCCGCUGCGGCCGACGGGGCACUUCAGGCACAUGCAGGCCGACUUGUGGGACCCGCACCCGCAGUACGCCUUCACGGCCUUCGGCAUCUCCUUCCGACUCCAACUCGCUCACGACGCCAGCUUCGUCGACCCCAACAUGCUGGUGACCCACAUGGCCCACAACUCGACUCAGCGCAGCCCCCGCCUCGCAGCGCUCGUCGCGGUGCUUCUACACGGGACGCCUCCGCGGCGACGACAAGUCGGCCGUCGCCGUCAACCUCUGCCACGGCAUGCGCGGCCACAUCCGCACCUCGCAGGGCAGCUUCUUCAUCGAGCCCGUGGAGCAGGUCGCCGAGGACGAGCGGUCCGACGGGCCCGACGCGCAGGGCCCGCGCCACAUCAUCUACCGCCUGGCCGCGCCGCCGCACCCGGAGAACCUCUCCGAGCAGCCCACCCACCACUGCGGCGUGGUGGACGACGAGGAGGACAUGCAGCGCCCCGCGCCCGGCCUCGGCCCGCUCACCCGCCUGGAGAUCAUCCACGUGAACGCGUCCGACGGCGCCGCCCAGCUGCCGCGCCGCCGCCGCCGGUCCGUGCCGUCGGGGUCCUCGACGAGCAACCGGUACCAGGACGACGAGGGCAGCUCGCAGCGCGCGCACUCCAUGGAGAUGAUGGUGGUGACGGACAAGCGCAUGACGGACUACCACGGCAGCGACAUCAUCAACUACGUGCUCACGCUCAUGUCCAUCGUCGCCAUGGUGUACAAAGACGCCACCAUCGGCAACCCGAUGACGGUGGCCGUGGUCAAGCUGGUCGUGCUCACGUCCGACGACCCCGACUUCGUGCCCGAGUCCCGGCGGCGCAGUGGCGGCCGCGGCACCUCGGCGGCGGAGAUGCUGCGCCGGUUCUGCCAGUGGCAGAAGGAGCACUACCACCAGGACCACGACACGGCGCUGCUGCUCACCAGGGAGAACAUCUGCCGCAACCCCGAGCAGAACAAGUGCGACACGCUGGGCCUGGCCGAGCUGGGCACCAUGUGCGACCUGAACGCGUCCUGCGCCAUCGUCCAGGACAACGGGCUGUCCGCCGCCUUCACCAUCGCGCACGAGAUCGGCCACGUACUCAACAUGCCGCACGACGACGACCAGCGGUGCGGCGCCCUCAACGGCCAGACCGUGCGGCACAACGUCAUGUCGCGCAUGCUGGACCACAACACGUACCCGUGGUCCUGGAGCAACUGCUCGCGGCACUUCCUCACCGAGUUCCUCGACGGCGGCUACGGCAAGUGCCUUGACAACGCACCCUACAAGGACUACAUCGCGGACAGCCCCGCCGCCAACAAGCUGCCCGGCGAGGCCUUCACCGAGGACCGGCAGUGCGAGCUGGUGUUCGGCCGCGGCUCCAAGAUCUGCUCGUACAUGCCGGUGUGCACGCGCCUGUGGUGCACGACGGACGUGGGCGAGCAGGAGGGCUGCCGCACGCAGCACAUGCCCUGGGCGGACGGCACGCCGUGCGGCGAGCGGCGGUGGUGCCAGCGCGGCCAGUGCGUGACGCGGGACCGCGUGGCGCUGCAGCCAGUGGACGGCGGCUGGGGGCCGUGGCAGGGGUUCGACGACUGCUCGCGCACGUGCGGCGGCGGCGUGCAGAAGUCGUCGCGCGACUGCAACUCGCCCUCCCCGGAGAACGGCGGCCGCUACUGCGUGGGCCGGCGCGUCAAGUACCAGUCCUGCAACACGUUCGAGUGCCCCGCGGGCAGCCGGGACUUCCGCCUGGAGCAGUGCGCGCAGUACGACGGCACCAAGUUCAACGGGCUGGGCAACGACGUCAAGUGGGUGCCCAAGUACGUGACCGGGGACCUGGGCGGCAGCUCGCUGGACGAGCGCUGCAAGCUGUACUGCAGCGUGGCCAACACCAACAUCUACUACAAGAUGCAGGAGAAGGUGGUGGACGGCACGCCCUGCGAGGUGGACAGCUACGACAUCUGCGUCAACGGCGUCUGCCAGCCGGCGGGCUGCGACCACACGCUGGGUUCCACGGCCAAGCUCGAUCGGUGUGGGCGGUGUAACGGAGACAACUCCACCUGCCACUUGGUGGUGGGGUCGCACAACAACAGCCAGCUGGGCUACAGCGAGGUGCUGCGCGUCCCCGCCGGCGCCUCCAACCUGGACAUCCGCCAGUACGGCUUCAAGGGCAUGAACAAGGACGACACGUACCUGGCGCUGGUGGACCCCGAGACGGGCAAGUACCUGCUCAACGGCAACUUCAUCGUGACGCUGUCGCAGCGCGGGCUGAUCUACGAGGGCGUGUCGCUGGACUACUCGGGCGCGGGCGAGAUGGUGGAGCGCCUCAACUGCAGCCGGCCGCUGCACCGCGAGCUGCUGGUGCAGGUGCUGGGCGCGGGGCCGCUGCACCCGCCGGACAUCCACUGGGAGUACACGGUGCACCGGCCCGAGGAGCGCUUCCGCUGGGCGCACGCCGACGCCUGGACGGCCUGCGACGACGCCUGCAACGGCGAGCGCCGCCGCGAGGAGGUGUGCGUGCGCGUGGACACGGGCGGCGAGGUGCCGCCGGACUACUGCGACGACCUGAAGCGCCCCGCCGCGCAGACCGAGCGCUGCAACCCCUGCACUGUGCAGUGGCACGUGGCGUCCACGUCGGCGUGCUCCGUGACCUGCGGCCGCGGUUCGGCGACGCGCGUGGUGCAGUGCCUGCAGACGCAGAUGGAGACGCGCGCCUCGCACGCGGUGCCCGCCGAGGCCUGCGCGCACCUGCCGCACCAGCCGGCCGACGUGGUGGAGUGCGAGGAGCCGGCCUGCGAGCACUACGCCUGGAAGUACGGCAAGUGGCGAGAGUGCUCCGUCACCUGCGGCCCGGGGGUGCAGCAGCGCGCCUCGUGGUGCGUCAACGGGCAGGGCGAGGCCGUGGACGAGGCGCUGUGCGAGGAGAAGCGGGACGCCCAGCGCGCCUGCCACGACCAGCACUGCCCGCACUGGGAGCUCGUCGACUGGACUCCGUGCUCUGUGACCUGCGGCGAGGGAAUCCGAGAGCCCGCCUACGCCUGCAUGGUGGACGCGAGGACCGUGUCGCAGGACUACUGCGACCCCAAGCUGCGCCCCACCAUGACCCAGCGCUGCAAGGAGAGGCCCUGCCCAGUGUGGGAGACGGGCCCGUGGGAAGGGUGCUCGGUGACGUGCGGCGCGGGCACCACGGUGCGCAAGGUGUGGUGCUCCCUGGAGUCCAAGAAGGUGGACGAGCAACAGUGUAGGGCCGUGGGCGAGCGACCCGCCUCGUCGGAACACUGCAUGCACACGCCGUGCCCGCCACCACCAACCACGACCACCACCACGACGACGACCACCACGACAACGACGCCGCCGCCACUCCCGCCGGCCUUCCCGCGCGUGCUGGAGCGCGAGGGCAACGACUGGCUGCGGCGCAACCUGAGCCACCACCACCAGCACCUGCAGCACGCGCCCCACGACGACGACAACAACGAGCUGCCGCCGCUGGCCUCGGCCGACGGCCGCUUCGCGUGGCGCUACUCGGACUGGAGCGCGUGCUCGGCGACGUGCAACUGGGGCCAGCGCGUGCGCCGCGUGCGCUGCGAGGACAAGAAGCUGGGCAAGGAGGCGGCCGACGCGCGCUGCCUCAAGCCGCGGCCCACCAGCACGCUGCCGUGCGUGCAGGCGCGCUGCGUCACCGCCACCUGGAUGACGGGCGAGUGGACCGACUGCGCCGCCGACGCCGCCUGCAAGGGGGGCGCGCCCCAGGGCAAGCAGCUGCGCACGGUGCAGUGCGUGUCCACGGACAGCGGCAGCCCCGUCGACGAGGCCUCGUGCUUGGGGGAGCGGCCGCUCCGCAGCCGGCUCUGCAAGUGCACCGGGGUGCUGUCCGCUCCGCCGACGCCGCCGACGCCACCGUCGAGUCUCGGCGGCUGGAGGACCGGGCCGUGGGGCCAGUGCUCCAAGUCGUGCGGCGGCGGCACCCAGGCGCGCCGCGUCGUCUGCUCCUCCAGCGAGUGCGACGACCAGGAGAAGCCUCCCACCUACUGGACGUGCAACCACCACGCGUGCCCGUCGUGGAGCCAGGACGACUGGGGCAGGUGCUCCGUGUCCUGCGGCCCCGGCGGCACGCAGACCCGCUCCUUCGUCUGCAUGUCCUGGCAGAGCGAGGUGCUCGCCGACGAGGCCUGCGCGGGCGAGCGGCCCGCCAUGGAGAAGAGGGCCUGCCCCAGCACCCCGCCGUGCCAGCCGGCCGGCCCGCGCGGCACCAGGCUCACCAAGUCCACGAGGGGCUUCGCGUGGAGGCCCAGCCCAUGGGGUCCGUGCUCUCGGAAAUGCGGCGAAGGGAAGCGCGUCCGCGAGGUCCCUUGCGUGGACAGUAAGACGAACCAGACCGUGCACGAGAUCUUUUGCGGUUCGAAUCGACGGCCACGCCUGCAGAGCAGGUGCUUCCGCCGGCCCUGCCCCUUCGACUGGGUCGAGGAGGCCUGGUCAGAGUGCUCGCAGCCCUGCGGCGGCGGCCGCCAGUUCCGCACCGUGAGCUGCCGGCGCCUCAACGCGUACGGCUGGGUGGACCCGGAGCCCGUGCCGCAGGACCGGUGCGACGCGUCGCUGGUGCCGGCGGCGUCGCAGCGCUGCAACGCCUGGCCCUGCUCGGCGCCCUUCCUGUGGGAGGCGGCCGACUGGGGGCCGUGCUCGGCGCCGUGCGGCCGCAAGGGCCGCCAGACGCGCCGACUCUUCUGCCGGCGCCGCGACGGCCGCUUCGCGCCGCGCUACAACUGCCCGCGCGAGCACAAGCCGCCCCGCAAGCGGAAGUGCAACCAGCGCAAGUGCGGCAUGGCGUCGUGCGUCGACGCGAAGCGCGUCACGGGUUCCACCCUGGACACGGAGUACCUGCUCGUCGUGGGCGGCAAGAACAUGUCCAUCUUCUGCGCCGGCAUGAACACGUCCACGCCGGCCGAGUACCUCACGCUGCCGGCCGGGGAGCGCGACAACCACGCCGAGAUCUACGACCUGAGCCUGCAGCACCUCCGGUCCUGCCCGUACGGGGGCGCCCGCAACGACAACUGCUCGGUGUGCGUGCCCAACAAGCGCAGCCCGCCCGGCCUCACCACCUUCAGCAGGGUGCGCCUCGACGUGGACACGCUGCGCGUCCGGACGGACGACUGGACCUUCUCGCGGCAGGUCAAGGGCGAGCACCAGGUCAAGUACGGCGAGGCCGGCGACUGCUACUCGUCGCUGAGCUGUCCGCAGGGCCGCUUCUCCAUCAACCUCAAGGGCACGGCCUUCAAGGUGUCCGAGGCCACCACCUGGGCCGAGUACGGCAAGAAUCCCUCGAUCCGCGUCAACCGAUACGAUGGCGGCCGCAAGGUGCAGGGCAAGUGCGGCGGCUACUGCGGGGGCUGCCGGCCGUUCCAAGGACUCAAGCUGGACGUGCUGCCGCCGUAGGCCCCGCCAGCGACGAGGAGAGGUGCAGAAACCUCUCGGCUCAACCGACGAGCGCCUCGGGGCGCUUCAAACCACCGUGCGGCGAAACUGGAAGCAGAUGAGCCGGACCGUGCCGGGCCGAGCCGGACCGAGCCGGACCGAGCCGGGCCGCACCACACGCCUCCCCAGUGACUCCGUCCUCUGCAGUGGCACCGUGGCCGCAGGGCGCAAGGCGCCGAGUCGAGAAACAGGCAUUGGUCCGCUGACGCCGCUCACGCCAGGGUACACUGCCAGAAAGAAACACCGUCCGCAACGCGCAAUGCAAAGUCGCUUCGGCAGGUUUGCAGUUUGACAGCGCUAGUCAUGUUGUGACCUAGCUGAGGAGUGGAGGCGAUUCGCGAGACCCCUGUCCACUGUCCACUGCCAUGUGAGACUGAUUGUUGCAGAUGCCAUAUUGUCUCUGUCAUUCUGUUGGCGCUCCUUCGCUGUGCAGGGAUCCUCUGUGAUAACAUCGACGCGGCGCGGCGCAGGAGACCCGGAACAGGGAAGGCCGCCCCUUGUCAGGCCCUGUAGUCCGAAACGUACUUUUAAGUUUGGAGGCGUCAGUUCUCCAGUGGUUCUGUUCCUAAAUGGCUGUGCUUGUCGGCGAUGCAACCAAUGCCUGCCAAUGCCUGGCAUGUGUUGUACGCGGGCAUUCCAAUGUGUACGUAUGUGUGUGUAUAUGUGUGUAUGUGCGUCUGUAGUACUUGGUAUAUAAAUUGAUAUUAUAGAGGUAGGUAUUUAUUUGUAAACGACAUUUCAUGUUGGACAGAUGCUCGAUGUGUCUUGGGUGAAAUUACUUUGCAUCACAUGACGUUUUUGAGGUGUGUUAUUUAUUUUUGACGAUGUGACUUGUCUAUUGUCCGUAAGGACCAACUGUACCUGUAUUCCCCAUAUGUUUGGCGCUGUGGGGUCUAAUAUAUUAUAUGUCUGAGUCGUGUAUAGAAUAUACAUAUAUAAAUAUUGUUUCUCUAUAUUGUACAAAUGCCAAGCAUGCUAUGCAAGAUGUUGUGUCAUAUUAUUUAUAUAUUUACUAUAUGUUAUUUUUAUGAAUGUACAUUUUCAGAAUGAAAGCUUUUUUUUUGUCUACUGGCGAGUGGAGGGGUACUGAUGUAGUUGCUGGCGCUCAAUCUAGGUUAUCUUGUCAUCCCCUUAGGACCAUUGUUCUAAAGUAAUCAUUUUCCACGACGUCUAAUUUUAAGAUAACUUAUCCCUCACCUCCUUGGCCCUCUAGUUCUGUAGCUUUAGAUUAAUUAUUAUUGCUCUGUACGAAACUAAUUGUAAACUUUGGGAAUGAAUCUCAAUGUGUAACUGCUGCCAACUCUACUAAAGUGUCCUUUUCACGCCAGUUUCAGUGUAUAUAAGAUCUUAUCUAUGUAAUCCACAUUUUCACCCUCCUAAAAGUUACCAUUUGUCACCAAUAAUAUUUGUAUUCAAGUUAUGCUGAGAACACCAGUGUAUAAGGAAAUAGGAUUAUAAAUGCUGUAGUAUAUUAUGCCAAAUACCAUGUAAUAAUCUAAGUGAUCAUGAUUUGCUUGUCUGAACCGCUCAGCGGACUUGUAAUAACCAUUGGGCUGUUACUCAUGUUAUUUAUUGAUAAAUACAAACACCACCACUGCCAUGCAAUUUGUGUAUUAAACGUAAUGCGAAACGAAA